AUGUAUGACAAUUUUGAUGCCAACUAUCAGGCCACGAUAGGAAUAGACUUCCUGUCCAAAACAGUGUAUUUGGAAGAUAAAGCUAUAAGACUGCAAUUGUGGGAUACUGCAGGACAGGAACGCUUCAGAACUCUAAUACCAUCAUACAUCCGAGACUCUGCAGUUGCUGUUGUUGUUUAUGAUAUUACAAACUUCACUUCCUUUGAACAAACCACAAAGUGGAUAAAGGAUGUGAGGAAAGAACGAGGAGAUGAUGUCAUAAUUAUGUUAGUAGGCAAUAAAGUAGACCUCGAGAAUUUGAGAGAGGUACCAAAUGGAGUUGCUGAACAACAAGCAAAAAAUUUAGGAAUUUUGUUCAUUGAAACUAGUGCAAAAGUUGGAUACAAUAUAAAACUCUUAUUCAGAAGAAUUGGAGAAGCUUUACCAGAUACUGAUUCAGUUAUUUUAGGCAUUGAUGAUGCACAAGAGAUUAAGUUGGAAAAGUCACCAACAGAUAGUGUUAUGAAUAAUACACACUGUUUCUGUUAA